AUGAAGUUCUCCUCUGCUAUCCUGGCCAUCGCCGUCCUCUUCUCCACCUCGGAGGCUUGCAAGUGCGGAACCAACAUGGACGCCACCCGGGCCUGCUGCCGUGACAACGGCGGCAGCCCGACCGACAGCGACUGCCCGGCCAGCGACAUCAGCGAGAAUCUGAGCGGCUUUGCCAGCUGCUGCCGCUACUUCGGCGCCCGCUCCGACUGCCGAUGCCCCAUUGGCUGCGCGCGCCUCGAGACCGACGCUCACCGCAAGGCUUUCGGCCUGAAGCCCCUCAGCGACCCGGAGCUGAUCGACUUUGUCAACUCCUACGACCUUUAA